AUAUGCAGUUCCUCUGUAUUAAUGAUGAAAGAUAAGAGUUACAGUGUACAAGUUACAACUCUACCUCUGAACGGUACUGUCGGAGCCUUCGCUCCUCCGCACCCCCUGCAUCAAACGUCUCCACUUAUCAUUUCACAGGUGUUGAUACUCGUUUAGGCUUUACAGGAAAUCUCUACAAAGCUCUCACUGACAAGGGAAUCCGGACCUUCAUUGAUGACAGGGAGCUUCAGAGAGGGAAAGAAAUCACACCCUCACUUGUAAAGGCAAUUGAAGAAUCAAGGAUUGUCAUUCCUGUGUUCUCUACCAACUAUGCUUCUUCUUCAUUUUGCUUAGAUGAACUUGUCCAUAUCAAUGAGUGUGUCAAUAGGAAGGGUCGUUUGGUUUUACCUGUAUUCUAUGGCGUGGAUCCUUCUCACGUGCGUCAUCAAACUGGAAGCUUCGGAGAAGGAUUGGAUAAGCUGGAAGACAGGUUUCAAAAUAACAUGGAGAGGUUGAAGAAUUGGAAGUUGGCUCUUAAUCAAGUAGCUAACUUGUCUGGCUACCAUUUCAAUAUUCGGAAUGAAUAUGAAUACGAGUUUAUUGGGAAAAUAGUCCAAGAGGUCUCCAACAAGAUCUACCGUGGUCCUUUACAUGUUGCACAUUACCCCGUUGGACUCGAGUCUCGGCUACUUCAGUUAAUGUCGCGUCUAGAUGUUGAAUCUGAUCAUGGAAUCCAAAUGUUGGGGAUCUACGGAAUUGGCGGAUUAGGUAAAAGCACACUUGCACGGGCAGUUUAUAAUUUGAUUGCCGACAGGUUUGAAUGUUUAUGUUUUCUCCAUAAUGUUAGAGAAAAUUCAGCUAAACACGGCUUAGAACAACUCCAAGAGAAGAUUCUUUCCAAAACAGUUGACUUGGAUAUUAAGAUAGGAGAUGUUAGUGAAGGAAUUCCGAUAAUAAAGCAAAGGCUACAACGAAAGAAGGUUCUUUUGAUUCUGGACGAUGUUGACAAAUUGAAGCAACUGCAAGUUAUGGCUGGAGGACUUGAUUGGUUCGGUCCUGGCAGCAUAGUGAUCAUUACCACUCGAGACCAACAUUUGCUAGCAAGUCAUGGAAUUUAUAAAAAAUAUCAAGUCCAGGCAUUAAAUAAAAAAGAAUCUCUUGAAUUGCUCAGCUGGAAGGCUUUUAAACAUACGGCAGUUGCUUCGAGCUAUGAUGACAUUUUAGACCAUGCAAUAGCUUAUGCUUCUGGCCUUCCAUUGGUUUUAGAAGUAUUAGGUCCCAACUUGUUUGGAAAGAAUAUAGAAGAAUGGAAAUCUAUAUUACAUAUGUAUGAAAGGAUUCCUAAUAGAGAGGUCCAAAAGAAACUUAAAGUAAGCUUUGAUGCUCUGGAGGAAGACGAGCAGGGUGUUUUUCUCGACAUUGCAUAUUUCUUCAAAGGGUAUGAUUUGAGAGAGGUCAAAGAUAUACUUUGUGCUCAUCAUGGCCAAUGCAUAGACUAUCUUAUCGGUGUCUUGGUCGAGAAAAAUCUCAUCAAGAUUAUUCAUUUGGAUUCACAUGCUACUGUGACAUUACAUGACUUAAUAGAGGACAUGGGUAAAGAAAUUGUACGACAAGAAUCACCCAAAAAGCCUGGAAAACGCAGUAGGUUGUGGUUCUAUGAGGAUAUAGUUAAAGUUUUUGAAGAAAAUUUGGGAACAAGUCAAAUUGAAAUUAUAUAUUUGAAAUUCCCACUAUUUGAAGAGGAGGUCGACAACGAAGAAGAGGUAGAAUGGAAAGGAGAUGAACUGAAGAAGAUGAAAAACCUCAAAACACUUAUUAUAAAAAAUGGUCGCUUUUCUAGAGCUCCUGAACAACUUCCAAAUAGUUUAAGAGUUUUGGAAUGGCCUGGAUAUCCUUCAAAGUAUAUGCCAUGUGAUUUUUGUCCAAAGAAGCUUUCCAUAUGCAAGCUAUCUGAAAAUGGCUUUACUUCAUUUGAGCUGUCUGGCUCAUUAAAAAAGAGGUUUCUACAUCUGAAAAAGUUAAAUAUAGACAACUCUGGAUGUAUAACACAAAUACUUGAUGUAUCUGGUCUCCCAAAUUUAGAAGAAUUUUCGUUUCGAAAAUGUGAGAAUUUAGUCACAGUUCACGAUUCUAUUGGGUUCCUCAAUAAGUUGAAAAUAUUAGAUGCAUUUGGUUGCAGCAAGCUAAAGAGUUUUCCACCUUUGAAAUUGACAUCUCUAGAAGAAUUGGAACUUUCAUAUUGUAAAAGUCUUGAGAAUUUUCCUGAAAUAUUAGGAAAGAUGGAAAAUUUAACUGACAUUUUUUUCGUGGACACCUCCAUUCAAGAAUUGCCAUUCUCAUUUCAAAAUCUUACUCGACUUCGUAAUUUAAGAUUAUGGGUACGCGAAAAGCGCAUACUACAAAACAACAUUCCCAUGAAACCAAAACUAUUGAUCGAUGCUUCAGGUUGUUUGUCGCCAAAACCAAAUGAUAAACUGAGCUCGAGAGUCUCUUCAAAUCUACAAACGCUUGGACUCCCACAAUGUAACCCGUCAAAUGAAUUUCUUUCAUUAAUUCUAACAUGGUUUGCUAAUGUGGAAUAUGUAGAUCUAUCAGGAAAUAAUUUCACAACUCUUCUGAAAUGUCUCGAAGAAUGCUGCUUUGUGAUUUCCCUUAAUUUGAAUGGUUGCAAGUAUCUUCGAGAAAUUCAUGGGAUUCCACCAAAGUUAAAGCGUUUAUCUGCAUUACAAUGCAAAUCUUUGACAGCCAUGAGUAGAAGCAUGCUACUGAAUCAGGAAGUGCAUGAGUAUGGAGGGACUGAGUUUAUUUUGCCAAGUACAAGUAUUCCAGAGUGGUUUGAGCACCGAAGUAGGGGACCAUCAAUUUCUUUUUGGUUUCGUAAUAAACGCCCUUCCGUAGCUCUCUUUGUGGUAUGUAAAUCGAAGCGGAAUAAAUAUGAGUCAUACUCAACACGUAACAAGUGCUACAAUAAUGAACUAAUUUCAUUAAAGGUCAAAUUGUUCAUCAAUGGCUACAAAUAUAGAUAUUGCAAACUUGAGGUAAAACAAGGCCAUACACAUGUGUAUGAUUUGCAACUGCAUGACAUGGGUCUCAGAUUUGCACCGGACAACGACGGAGUUUUGUCACCAACUGAAUGGUUCCAAGUAGAGGUUAGGUAUGUAGGUUCAAUGGUGAAUUCACUUCGUAUAAAAAGCGGAAUCCACGUAUUCACGCACAAAAGUAGCAUGGAAGAUAUUCAAUUCAAUGACCCUUAUAAAAGAGAAAAGCAGUUUUUUUGGGUGUUGAAUUUGUAUACUUAUGUUUGAGCAAAAAUGUAUGGAUCAACUGUCUGAGAUGCUUCUUCUGUCAUCAGGGUCUGAGGUCCAAUCUGCAUCACGAAAGACUUGUAAAGUGGGAGUGGCAGAUCACAAAAGACUUGUAAAGUGGGAGUGGCAGAUCACAAAAGACUUGUAAAGUGGGAGUGGCAGAUGGAGACAGAUGAGCAAGCAAGAGACCAUGGUUGAGAGUGCCUUUUAGAUAUCUUAAGAUCCUCUUGACAACAACCCAAUGAAUUUCAAGAGGGUGUGCCAUGUAUUGACAUACCUUGUUAACUGCAUAGGUGAAAUCAGGUUUAGUGAUGGUGGCAUAUUGGAGUGCUCCAACCACUGACCUGUACAUGUGGGGAUCAGAGAGAGCUGGAGAUCUUGUUUUGGUAAGUUUACAUGUUGGGGUAUUAACAGAGGCGACCUCAAGCAUAUUGGUUCUUUGAAGCAAAUCCCUUAGAUAAUUGGCCUGAGUUAGAAGAAUAGGCCCAAGAGCAGCAUGUUUGACUUCAAUGCCAAGGAAAUAAUCAUGAUUGCCAAGUAACUUUAGGGAAAAAGCAACAUUGAGAUUGGUAAUGAUAUCUUGCAGAAGUGUGGGGAACUCCAUGUGAUGAUAUCAUCAAUAUAGACAAAGAGAUAAACUAUAUGCCCUUGAGAAACUAGAGUGAAUAGUGAAGGGUCACAUUUGCUGGCCCGAAAAUGCAACUUAGAGAAAGUGAUUUGGAGUCUCUAUCAAACCACUGUCUGGGAGUCUGCUUGAGGUCAUAGAGGGCCUUGUUGAGUUUACACACAAGAGAAUGAUCAUACUGAACAAACCUUUGAGGUUGUCCAUGAAAACUUCUUCAUCAAGCAACCCAUUCAGAAAAGUAUUAUUUACAUCAAGUUGUUGAAUUGACCAGUUAUGAGUGAUGGCAAUAGUAAGAACAACUCUGAUAGUGAUAGAUUUUACAACUGGGGAGAAUGUUUCGUUGAAAUCAAAGCCAUGCCUUUGAUGGAAACCCUUGGCCACUAACCUGGCCUUGAACCUGUUAACAGUGUCAUCAAGAUUCUCUUUAAUUCUAAACACCCACUUGCAACCAAUAACAUGUUUGUGAGGUGGUAAGGGAACAAGAGACCAGGUUUGAUUUUUGAUCAAAACAACAUAUUCAACCUGCAUAACUAAUUGUCUUCCAUUGAGGGUUAGCAAGAGCUUGUUUAGGGGUUUUAGGUUCAACAUGAGUUAGUAACAAUCGGGGUUGUAGUCUUGGUUGAGCAAAGCCAAACUUGGCUCUGGUUGCAUAGAGUGCAAGUUCUCAGGUUUAGAGAGAACAUGAACAACCAUAGAAGGAAUAGCUUAAGGUCACUCUGUUGAAGGUCUGAAAGAAGAUAUAGUGGUGGAAAGAUGCGUGAGAAUUGUUAGAUAUAGGAGAAGACAUGGGACAUAAGGAGGAAACAGGUGUGAUAGCACCAAACUGAAUGGGAGAACCAACUUCUAGAGCUACAAAAGAGGUUUCAGGUGUGAUAGCACCAGACUAAAUGGGAGAACCAGCUUUUGGAGCUACAAAAGAGGUUUCAGAGGAGGAAGCCUCAGAAAAGGAAGUAGGAAUGUGACUACUAGGUGAAUGAUUAUAUGAAGAAGUAGAAAGAUAACAGGAGGACCAAAACUAAGGGGUGAGACAGAGAUAUCUUUCACAGGUGAAGAAGUUUGAAAAGGUGUGAGAAAUAAGUCAGAGUUAGGAACCUUGCUUCAUUGAAAAACACAUCCUUGGAGAUGUAUAACCUUUCAGUGGGAGGUAGACAUAUGUACCCCUUACGUGAAUUGGAGUAGCCAAGGAAAAGACAUUCUUGGGAUCUAAAAUCAAGCUUGUGAGUGUUAUAAGGUCUGAGUAAAGGAAAACAAGCACACCCAAACACUUUUAGGAACUUGUAGUUAUGUUGUUAGUUAAAAAGUAAGGUGUAAGGAACCUGAAAAUCAAUAGAUGAGGUGGGGAAUCUAUUGAUAAGAAAUACUGCAGUAGAAAAAGCAUAAUCCCAAUAGGUCAAGGAUAAGGAAGCCUGACUUAAAAGAGCGAGGCCAAGGUCCACAAUGUGCCUAUGUUUCCUCUCAACCACUCCAUUUUGAUGAUGAAUGUGAGGGCAUAUGAGUCUAUGGAUGAUACCAUGAUCAUUAAGGGAUUUGGUGAGAGGCCUAAACUCCCUACCCCAAUCAGAUUGAACUACUUUGAUGGGGAGUUCAUGUUGAAGUUCAACCAUUGUUUAAAACUGCUUGAAAACAUUGAGAGCUUCAGAAUUGUUCAUAAGUAGGUAAAGCUAGGUGAAUUUAGCAUAAGCAUCAACAA